AUGCCUGCGCACAAGCGAAAGUUGUCCCUUAACCCCAAACCUCAACCCCAUCGUCUUCGAUCAUCGAGUCGGCCGAGAAAGGUCCGUUACGCCAUUGACAGCGAAAGCGAUAGCGAGAAGAACCAUCGACAGGCUCCGAGCGAUUCUUGGAUUAGAUCAAGACAUGGUCAGCAAAGCGCCAAUGCGGAUGAAUCAGGAGAUGAGUAUGUCGACGAGUCCGAGGAGAAUGACGACGAGGACGAAGACAACGAAAACGACCGAGACGACGACAAUGACGACUCAACCCAAGACGUACUUAAGAACCACGAAUCGGACGGAGAGACUGACGAAGACGAGCCGCCGAGAUUAACCAUUAUCCCCCUCGAGCAAAUGAGAGACGCCGGUGACAUCGAAUACGUUGACUUUAGGAUUCAUCCAAACAGUCUGCUAUUCUUGGCAUAUUUGAGGGAAAACAAUAAUAGAGCGUGGUUGAAAGCCCACGAUGGGGAGUUCCGUCGAGCAUUCAAGGACUGGGAGACGUUUGUGGAGCGUACAACGUCUUCAGUUAUGUCUAUUGACGAUACUAUACCCGAGUUUCCUGCCAAGGACGUCAUGUUUCGCAUCUACAGAGAUUUGCGUUUCAGCCCUGACAAGAAGCCAUACAAGGCACACUUUUCAGCCGCAUGGUCUCGUACGGGACGAAAAGGGACAUACGCACACUAUUAUGUACAUUGCGAACCUGGCGCGUCUUUCAUUGCCGGCGGCAUCUUUGCACCCAACGCCCAGCAGCUUCGAAGUGUUCGCUCGAGCAUCGACGAGAGACCAAGGCGAUGGCGUCGAGUAUUAAAUGACCACAACCUCAAGGAGUCGUUUAUGCCUAGCUUAAAGACGGGGUCUAGGGAGGAUGAGGCGCUCAAGUACUUUGCCCGCGAGAACAAGGAGUCUGCUUUGAAGACAAAGCCAAAGGUAGGUAGCAUCCGAGAGAACAUGGAUAUUGUCGUUGACUCAAGCGGCCAGGGAUUCAUUUCUGAUCAUCGGGACAUCGAACUGUUGAAGCUGAGAAAGUUUACUCUCUCACAAAAGAUCCAGGACGACCUGCUACUCGCAGAUGAUGCGCAAGAAAGGGUCACUGAGAUUCUCAGACCCUUGGUUGGAUUUAUUACCUUUCUUAACACCAUAGUCAUGCCCGAUGAUCAAUCGAGCAGCUCGGAAAGCGAUGGCUGA